CUUAACAUAAGCUGUCUGUAGAUGUGUUUUUACAAAACCCUCAAAAUUCUAGUGAAAUACCACAAAUUUCGUUAAAAUUAUAUGUCAAAGUUGUUGAACACAAUUGACGCUUCGAGCGUUUGCAUUUUCUCGCUGAAAAGGAACACGUAACACCACCAAAAUGCAUGAUUUGAUGCUUCGCAUGGCCGACACGUGGAAGACGUGCAACAAAAUCCGCGCAGCCGCCUUCCGCGUCGGCCUCAACCUCUGGGACUGGUACCGCCCCCUCGACCCCGAGGGCAACUCGCUCAUCUCCGAGUCAAAAUUUGUAUCUGUGCUGGCGGGCCCCUUGCGGUCAGUGGUAGGUCUAUCAGACGCAGAGAUCUCGCAGCUGGCGGAUUAUUUCCGCGCACAAGACGGCCGCGUGCUCUAUCACCAGCUCUGCCAGAUCAUACACGGCGAAGAUGCGGGCGCGCGCGACAAAACGUCGGCCGACUGUCUCCUGGAGGCAUGCCCGCCGCCGCCCGAGCCCGCCUGCCACAAGCUGGACCAGUGGCAACUGCGCCGCCUCUGCUGCCUGCUGGCCACUAUCGCCGAUCGCCAGAUACCGCUCAAGCCUUACUUCCAGGACUAUGAAUUGGUGGCAAAAAACGACGGGCGAAUUACAUUCGCGCACUUCGCGCGUGUCCUCAACUACAUGGGCAUUCUCGUGUCACCGGAGGAUUUCAACCUGCUGGUGCGACGCUUCAUCAAAGACUCGUACACGCUGGAUUAUGUCGAGUUCCUUAAAGCUGUUGAGGCAGUCAAGAAAGAGGGCAUCCAGGGUCUCGGCGAUGCGUAUCGCAACCCGGCGGCCUUGAUCGACACGACGCUGCCGAAGAUUUCGCGGCCGGAGGUGGAGGCGGGGCUGUCGACGGAGCCGCUUGGCCCCUCAGAGGUGUACCACCCGGCAAUGAACUCGCCUCGCCCGACGCGCGACCUCGUUGAGAUCAUGCUGCGUGUGCAGGAGCACGUACUUAAAAGCAGGAUUCGUGUCUCAGAGUUCUUUAGGGACUAUGACCCUCUUAACAGUGGCAAGGUGCCGCCGAUGCAGUUCCGACGCGCGCUAGACCAGUGCGGGCUGGGGAAGAUCCUCACGCCCGAUGAGGCGCUCUGCAUCAUACGCCACUAUAUCGACCCUAACGACCCACAACGCCUCUGCUGGCGCACCUUCGAGGACGACUGCGACCAAGUGUUCACGAUAAAGGAACUAGAGAAGCACCCAGAUGUGACGCCAGGGGCCGCGGCGGAAGUGGUUUCCUCGAUGCCGAUAAUGGGUUCGAUGGAAGAACGCGGCGGGCCCAGCGAGGCCGAGCUGGACGAGGCCGAGACGGCGAUGCUACGCGUUCGCGCUGCCUGUAACGAGCGCUCCAUCGACCUUCGACCCGCCUUCUGCGAUCAUGACUACACGAAUAACGGGCACGUGGCGCGGUCGGUGGUGAAGCGCGUGCUGGCGCGCCUGGGCGUGCUGCCCACAGGCGCGCAAGUGCGCGCGCUCGAGGCGCGCUACCUCGACGACUGCGGCUUCAACUAUGUCAAGCUGCUGCAAGAGCUUAACGAGCGACCGCCGGAGAGCUCCCAGAUUGCAGGCCCGUCGACGGGGCCGCACACCACCGCUGCACAUACUGUCGACCCGCUGGAGACCGACAUCGUGAACAUCCUCGCCAAGAUCAAGGGAAAAAUCGUGCGCGAGGGCAUCUCCCCGCGUUCGUUCCUACGGCAGUACGACCUGCACAACGAACUGGUGAUACCCCGCGCUGACUUCUAUCGUGGCCUCGCAUCUUCCGGCGUUUCUCUCACACCUCUUGAAAUGGACACGGUCAUGGAAGUUUUCUGUGCGCCGGGGCGGCGGCGGUAUGUGGAGUACGAGCGGUUCUGCUCGACGGUGGGCGAGGCGCUGACGCAAGACGGGCUGGAACGUGCGCCGCUACUCGAACCAGUUCCCCACGUGCCCACCAUCGACUCACCUUACAACUUCCUCAACUUCGAGGAGCGCAACAUUGUCUCCAUGGCGCUCGCGAAGCUGUCCAAAUUCCCCGACCAGUAUUCCAACAUUCUCGAAGUUUUCAAGGACAUGGACAAGGAGCGCUGCGGCACGCUGCCGCGCAUCUCGGUGGAGCGCGCGCUGUGCACGCGCAACCUGCUGGCGCUUGUGUCGGCGCGCGAGCGCGACCUCAUCUACAAGUGCUUCGGCUACCGUCGCGGCUGUGGUACCGAGGUAAACUACCGUGCGCUUGUGAACGCGCUAGAUAUCAUCAACGCUACGAAUAUGGCGCAGCCUUGCUAGUCGCGGCCGUUGCAGCCGUCGCAGUCGCAGAACUACUAAAGCCUCCCAAGUUGUAGUGGUAUUUCCUAACCUUUACAAUGUACUUAAAUAAAUUAC